AUGAAGAUUAUCUAUACUUGGCUUGUCUUUCUAUUGAUGGGCACAUUGCUUGGGACACUUACUGGAGCUUUGAUAGGUCAAGAAACCAAAAGUGGGUUUAUCCGAGAAGCAGCAGUUGGAGCCAUUUCAGGAGCUGUUUUCUCCAUCGAAGUCUUUGAAUCAUCUCUUGUCCUCUGGAAAUCUAAUGGUUCACGUUUUGGAUGUCUACUCUACUUGAUUGAUGUCAUUGUUAGUCUUAUAAGUGGUAGACUUGUAAGGGAACCCAAUAGGUCCAGCAAUGUUAAGCACAGUUCAAAGCCAGCAAUGUUAUCUCUUGUAAACUAA